AUGAAUCAUCGCGUUGACGAUAGCGAGAUUGAUGAGCUCUAUCAAGAGCUGGGAAUAAGAAGAGACGACAGUCGUAGAUUACAUAAUAUUGGUGGAUAUGGUACAAGCAGUAACUUUAGCAGCAGCAGUAGUAAUAAUAAUAAUAGUAGCAAUAAUCAUUAUAAUAUAGAUGUACAUCAACAACAACAACAACCAGAUGCAGAUGCAGUCUUUGACUAUAGACAUCAUUAUCCGGCGGCGGCGAGUGCAUCGCAGUCUAAUGUCAUUCGCCAGACCACUACACAAUCAUCGUCCGUCAUCAAGAAGAAGAAGAAGCCACUGUCAUGGUACAGCUUCUCCAAUCACCUAUUCAAAGAGUUCUGCACAGGCAUAUUCGCCGGUAUCGCUGGCUUCCUAUUCCGAUCAUUCAAACAAUAUCGACUGCAACAUCAUUCA